GGCUUCAGGCAGGAGGUCAUCACAAACAUGGCGUGGAGAGAAUGUGUAGUGAAAUGGGCUAAAACAGAGUUCCUCAGAUCCACAAACACUAUUCCACGAAGCACGAGACUGAACCCCCACAACCAACAGAGGUGUCAUUUCCGUCGUGAUGCCAAAAGGCCGGAUACAAAGAAAGGAAAUGUCACCCAAGAAACUAAACCUACACCCUCUGAGGCUGGCACACCAGGUCCCCCGCCUCCUCCCAAAGUCCUCAGGCCGAGGCUUUUCAAACCGCUGAUGUUCACAGUAGGGUUUACAGGUUGCUCAUUUGGUGCAGCGGCCAUUCUGCAAUAUGAGACCCUGAAGUCAAGAGUUCAGAAUGCAAAAGAGGAAGAGCAGUCAGAAAAACUCUUACAGGGGUCUCAGGACAUGGCGCACUGGCACGACUGGUGGAACAAGUUGUCAGGCUUCCAGCAACAGCUCAUCCUCCUGAUGUCGAUGGUGGAUGACUUCUGGAGCAGCCUCACAGAGGGACAGAGGACCGUCACCGGCAUCAUUGCAGUAAAUGCUGUAGUCCUGUGUUGCUGGCGGAUCCCUUCAAUGCAAAGAAGCAUGAUUAAGUACUUCACGUCCAACCCAGCCUCCAAAACACAGUGCCUUCCCAUGGUCCUGUCCUCCUUCAGCCAUUACUCCAUUAUCCACAUGGUGGCCAACAUGUAUGUCCUGUGGACGUUCUCAUCAGGGAUUGUCUCUCUCUUAGGCAAGGAGCAGUUUCUUGCAGUCUACCUGUCUGCCGGUGUGAUUUCCACUAUGGCCAGCUACAUGUGUAAAACUGCGACUGGAUGUCUCUAUCCAUCCUUAGGAGCGUCAGGCGCUGUCAUGGCAGUACUGGCCGCAGUUUGUGCAAAAAUGCCAGAGGCCAAACUGGGCAUAAUCUUCCUCCCCAUGAUUACUUUUACUGCAGGAAAUGCUCUGAAAGCGCUCAUUGCCAUGGAUACAGCAGGGCUUUUUCUGGGAUGGCGGCUGUUUGACCACGCAGCUCACCUUGGCGGAGCCCUCUUUGGAAUAUGGUAUGUGGCAUAUGGGCACAAGCUGAUUUGGAGGAAAAGGGAGCCCCUUGUGAAGCUGUGGCAUGACAUGCGUUCUCCAGGUGCCGGUGGUUCCAGGCCAGGAGGAGGGCCUCCGGUUGGUGGUAGUGGACCUGGACCACAAUGAGACACUGUAAAGUCUCUUGAAUCUUUUUUGUAAGAUCUGGAGUUCACAGUUGCCCUAGAAUAUGCAAGGACACUUAUCCACCAAUAAGGAGUCAGGUGGUUUUGUUUAUUAAUAAAUAUAGUUUUUCAUUCAAGGUGAAUGAGACAAAGCGGACCUGAAAAACAGAUCAGACCUCGCACCUGGUGUUGCAAUCCAGAUGUUUACUGUGUGGACUGAUAACAUCUGCUUCACUACAAGUUAAAAAAAACAAAAAACACUGCUCUCCUACCUCUUAAUAAUCUGAAGAUGUUUAACCUUCAGCCUUCAUGUUGGACUUUUCCUGUUCAUAUUUUUGAAAACAGUUGCACAAGUCUUGGCGGACAAACCAGAGGGCUGGUAGUGAUUGAAUCAUUUGCUGAAUUCAAUGUAAUAUACAGUCCUGUGGGCUGGUCUUAUGUGACUAUUAAAACA